UAAAUAAGGCAUACACGCAAGUAUUCUCUACCGCCUUUGUCGUGCCCGCAAAACGCCGCGUCUCUUCUUCGAUCCUCUUCCUAACUCACACCGAGCAGUUCGUGUUGGUGCCCAGAGAUGGCUACUGGAGGCAGGGAACAGGUCUGGACGUGGAAGAAACCACUCCCUCCAAGUAAAACUGCACUCAGGAAGGUCUUUGAGAACACCAGUAACCUCAGUGACCUCUGCGGCUGGCUCUCCAUCCCUUCAGAUGUUGACAGUGCAGUAGAGUACUAUGUACAGAGUACAGAUCCAAUGAAAAUUAGA